UCCUAUAAGGGUUUUUAAUUUGAGAGAUUGAUAUUGCAAAGGUUUUUAAGAUGAACGAAGAUGUUCUCGAAGCUCUAGGAUGUCUCGUCUUCUUCGCGAUUCUGACUGUGUUUUAUUGUGUAUUUCGUUGUUGUCUUGCUUAUUGCGACAACGGUGAUGAUGAUGAUCAUCCAAAUCAUCCCGGUCAUAGUUUACAUGUAAUAAAAGCUGCUGGGAUAGGCCUUUCCGUUCUCCAAUCGAUCCCCGUCUUAUCUUUCAACGCUCAUGACUUUAAAGAUAACGUCGAAUGCGUCGUUUGUCUAUCGAAGCUCGUUGUAAUCGAUCACUGCUUUCACGUUGAUUGUAUCGACACAUGGCUUCAAUCCUCCAAGUACAAACGCUAAUUCCGGUGAAGCAUACGAAGAUAUGACGGCGGUUGUGUAGACAUGCAGGUGGAACCUGUUAGAGCAUAGGCAUUGGUAAA